UUAGAGCUAAUAUAUAUUAGUAUUACAUGAAGGGAAGAAGAGCGAGCAUCUCCAAAGGAAGAAUAAGCUGAGAGAGGAUUUUCAAGAUAUGGUUCGGGGGUCAGUACUGUGUGGGCAAGAAGAUGAGAUAGAGCAACUGUCAAGAGAGAGUAGUCAGUACAGUCUAUCCACUGGGAUACUUCCUUCGCUUGGAGGCAGGAGUAUCCGUAGAAUCAAGCUCAGAAGCUAUAUCAUUUCUCCUUAUGAUCGUCGUUACAGGAUAUGGGAGACUUUCCUGGUUCUUCUGGUCAUCUACACUGCUUGGGUUUCACCCUUUGAAUUCGGGUUCCUGGAGAAACCAGAUACACCACUCGCUGUUACUGAUAACGUUGUUAAUGGAUUCUUUGCCCUGGAUAUCAUUCUCACUUUCUUUGUUGCAUACCUCGAUAAAGCUACCUAUCUCCUCAUCGAUGACCCGAAAAGGAUUGCUUGGAAGUAUGGCAGUUCCUGGUUGGUUCUAGACAUUAUAUCCACGAUACCAUCCGAACUUGCUCGGAAGAUUUCCCCUAGGCCAUUACGCUCGUAUGGCCUAUUCAACAUGCUUCGCCUUUGGCGUCUUCGCAGAGUUAGUGCCUUGUUUUCAAGAUUGGAGAAAGACAAGAACUACAACUACUUUUGGGUUCGAUGUGCCAAACUUAUUUGUGUUACCCUUUUUGCUGUUCAUUGUGCUGGAUGCUUCUAUUAUCGUAUUGCUGCAAAAUAUCAUGAUCCUGGAAGAACAUGGCUUUCAGAUUCUAUGGGAAACAAUUUCCACGAACAGAGCCUUUCUAUUCGGUACGUGACAUCCAUAUACUGGUCUAUCACUACACUCACUACUGUUGGCUAUGGGGAUUUGCAUCCCGUGAAUACUCAAGAGAUGAUAUUCGACACUUUCUACAUGCUCUUCAACCUCGGAUUGACUGCGUAUUUGAUCGGGAACAUGACAAACUUGGUUGUCCAUGGAACUAGCAGAACUAGAAUAUUCAGGGAUACGAUUCAAGCUGCUUCAAGCUUUGCUAAGAGAAACCAACUGCCACCUCGCCUGCAAGAUCAGAUGCUUGCACAUUUAUGUCUUAAGUACCGGACCGAUUCUGAGGGGCUGCAGCAUCAAGAGACGCUCAAUUCCCUUCCCAAAGCCAUCCGAUCGAGCAUUUCACAUUAUCUUUUCUACUCUCUCAUGGAUAAUGUGUAUCUGUUUCGUGGGGUUUCUAAUGACUUGCUGUUUCAGCUGGUCUCAGAAAUGAAAGCUGAGUAUUUUCCUCCAAGGGAAGAUGUCAUCCUACAGAAUGAAGCACCUACAGAUUUCUACAUCCUUGUCACUGGCUCUGUGGAGCUAUUGGUCCGAAAAAAUGGAGUUGAUCAUGUUGUUGGAGAGGCUAAAGCAGGUGAUCUUUGUGGUGAAAUUGGAGUACUUUGUUAUAGGCCGCAGCUCUUCACGGUUCGUACGAAGCGACUAUGCCAACUACUACGACUAAACCGUACUACGUUCCUUAAUAUUGUUCAGGCCAAUGUCGGAGAUGGGACCAUAAUCAUGAACAAUCUUCUCCAGCAUUUGAAAGACAUGGAUGAUCCAGUUAUGGAAGGGAUUUUAACAGAGACGAUGAACAUGCUCGCUCGUGGAAGAACGGAUCUGCCUCUCAAUCUUUGCUCUGCCGCACUCAGGGGAGAUGACUACUUGUUGCAUCAGCUAUUGAAAGAGGGACACGAUGCUAACGAGUCUGACAACAAUGGAAGAACACCUCUGCAUAUAGCUGCGUCCAAAGGAAGCGAAAACUGCGUUCUUCUCUUACUAGAUUACCGCGCUGAUCCUAAUUGUAAAGACUCAGAAGGAAGUGUACCACUUUGGGAGGCAAUAGUAGGUGGCCAUGACCAAUUAGCCCAUCUUCUAAAGGAAAAUGGGGCAAACAUCAAUGCCGGAGAUGUUGAUCAGUUUGCAUGCACCGCAGCCGAGCAGAACAACUUGAACUUACUCAAAGAAAUCAUUAGUUACGGCGGAGAUGUCACACUUCCUAGGUCCAAUGGUUACACAGCUCUUCACGUUGCAGUAUGCGAAGGCAACGUUGAAAUAGUGAAGUUCCUGUUGGAACAAGGUGCCGAUAUCGAUAAGCCUGAUUUCCAAGGUUGGACACCAAGGGACCUAGCUGAGCAGCAAGGGCACGAAGAAAUACAGACAAUAUUCGAAUCAGCGAGUAAAAAGAAGAAAACUCCGCCUAUCAAAUCGAUUCCAGAGAAGCAGGAGACACGCUUCCUUGGGAGGUUUACAAGUGAGCCAAUCAUCACUACUGCAGACGGUACGGAUGGAUCUUCUAGAGGUCAAUCCCGUCCGAGGCGUACAACUAGUAGCUUCCACAACUCUCUGUUCGGAAUAAUGUCGGCUAAACAAAAUGUGGAGAAAGAUUUAGUAUUACCAGUUCAUCAACCAAAGGGUGUGAAGGAUGAUCGUGCAACUAACUCAGCUAGAGUGGUGAUUAGUUGCCCUGAAAAGGGAGAGACCAUUGGAAAGCUUGUUUUGCUUCCAGGGAGCUUUGAGGAAUUGCUUGAGAUUGGUGCUAAGAAAUUUGGGAUAUUUGGUGGUAAAGUGAUGAACAAAGGAGGAGGUGAAAUUGAUGAUAUGGAGGUGAUUAGAGAUGGCGACCAUCUGGUUUUUGUGAGCGAUGGUCAAUUGCAACAAGAGAUUAACACCCAAUCUCAAUUCAAUAAGUCUUCUUAGAGCUUAGGCUAUUGCAUGUAUAGGUACAUAUUUCCUGGUAUCUUGUCAGUACCAUCCACAGCUCACAGUGUACUGCUCACAGUGUCAAUUGCAAUCAUAUGGAACCAGCUCUCAUACAUGAAGGUAAUUGCAGAUAUUACUCCUUACAUUUCUACUACCAUGCUUGCUUUUCAGUUCCUUGGAUAUAGCCUUCCACUGCUCUGCGGUGGCAAAGUCGCGGUGGCAAAGUCAUACUGAAAUCAAUGGAACUCCAAGCUUACAAUGCAUUGCCUAGUGAUCAACCUGCGUAUGGAAUGUUGAAAUUCCUACAAAGUUUCGAAAGGGCUCUUUUGCUGGUUGUCAUACUUCUUACUGCAAGACUUCAUUGUGGUAACAGAACCUAGAAGCAAGACGCUCUCCCUAGGAUCCUCUAAGCUAAGAUACGAUUCUAGAGAGAAAAGGGUUAUGUUGAGUACCAUGGCUUAUUUGGCUUGUUGCUGGAUGUAAUCCUGAUGUACACGUACAACAACUAAAUCCUGAAAAGGACAUGCAUGAACCAAGAAAUGAGCAGCAAAUGUGGCAAACUCGGAUGGGUGUAAUGGAGGUUUUUGUUUAUUUUGUUCAAAACUACCUUCUGCUUCCUCAGAUUAUUAGCAAUGGGUUGAUGAAAAUGCCUGGUAAAUCCUUAAAGGAAGCCUAUUACCUUAAAAUGACUUUGGUAAGGCUGCUUGUGUUGUGCUCUUUUUUGAACUACGUAGCGGAUCCUGUUAUAAAUGCCAAAGUUGAAAGAUUUGAAGUCUCAGAGUUCAAACUCAACAUAUCUAAUGCUUCCCAAGGUUCUCGUCCGAUAACGAUGAUUAUGUGUGCAGCUAGAGUCUACAUCCCACAUAACUGGAAACACAAGAAGCACAAUUAGUCUCCAAAUUAAGCAGGGAUCUGUAGUUUGCGUUAUU